CUCUCCUUCUAUUCUCUCUGCUCUGCAGUCUUCUCUCCCUCUCUCUCUCUAGCAAUGUCUCUUGCAGGAGAAGAAGCUACUGUAGCCAUAACGAACCAUGAAGACCCGGAUUCGAUAUCAAAAACCAGCCCAAAGAAGCGGUCCGUUCAGCCCGAGUUGCCAUUCCGAGGCGUGCGUCGACGUAGUUGGGGCCGUUACGUCUCUGAGAUUCGCUUGCCAAAGAAGAAGACAAGAAUCUGGCUCGGUUCAUUCAUGUCGGCCGAGAUGGCCGCACGCGCCUACGACUCAGCCGCCUUCUUCUUGAGAGGUAAAUCGGCCACACUCAACUUCCCUGAAUCAGCCGGUUCGCUCCCUCAACCGCUCUCAUCAUCAAGAAGAGAUAUUCAGUUAGCUGCUGCGAGAGCUGCUCUUGACCCGGUAUCCAACGAGGACCGGAUAGAUCCGGUCCAACCUGGUUCUUGCAUUGGUUCAAAUUCAAGCUGGGAGCAAUGGUGGGGACAAGACGAAGAGCUGGUGAGAUUGUUUGGAGACGACGCGAAAGAGGCACCACUCCACAGCCCGUUGAGGGACUAAUGAAACAAGUGGUUGGACCGGUGAUAGUUGGACCAUGAACAAGAUGAAGAUAUUUUGACCAGACCGAUCAGUUUGAACUGGACCGACCAUACUGCCGGAUGCUAGGUAUUUAAUAUUAAGUAUAAUUCUUGGUUAAAACCCUAGAAUGAAGAACAUAUGGAAACUCAUACAUGGAGUACCAACACUCAAACCACAUGCAAUGUUCUUGGACAUCUUUUUAAUUUGUUCUGCACUCCUACAAUACAUGUGAACACCAAUGUCCAUAGAUUUGCCCAAGAUGGUGGUUGGUGCAUUCUGGGCCCUAGCCCAUGUUAAGUCUGGAGGCCCAAACAAUAUACGGGCUGGAUUUGGUA